AUGGCCAGCACUACCAUCGAGGCCGUCAGCGAUAGUGGCACGAUCCUCGAAGGAGAAGGAGGAGGAGGUGAUAAUUCGAACAACAACAACAACAGCNCUACCAUCGAGGCCGUCAGCGAUAGUGGCACGAUCCUCGAAGGAGAAGGAGGUGAUAGUUCGAACAACAACAACAACAGUUUUAGCAACAACGACCAAGAGAACCAGAAGCCGCCUGGUCCCGUUGUCGCCGCGGCUAUCGCCGCUGGCUCCAAGCGUCCUGCUGAUGAUGCAACUGCCGCCGCCAGCACAAGUUCUGCAGACAGAGCUGAUGAUGGCUCGAUGGCUCCCCCAGCCAAGAUCAUGGCUACAACUUCUUCUGCCUCUGCUUCCGCCUCGUCUUCAAGCAGCAGCAGCACCAUCCUCCGAAUCAACCCGGAGAAGGUCCGUCCGAUCUCCUCUCUGGUGGAGAACCUGCGCGACUGGGUGAUCCGCGCCCGUGUCAGCAGCAAGACGCCGAUGCACACUUUCAAAAACUCUCGCGGGCCGGGCAAGCUCUUCAGCUUCGAGUGCUUCGACGGCAGCGGCCGCGAUCUUCGGGUCACCGCCUUCAACGCCGACGCCGACCACUUCUACCCGGUGGUGGAGUUGCACAAGGUGUACCUCAUUUCAAAGGGCGCGGUGAAGGUGCCCACAGACAAGCGCUUCGCCCGCAAUGCCGACUUCGAGGUGACGCUGUACGGCGCCAGUCAGAUUGAGCUGGUGACCGAGCUGGCGGUCACCGACAACAUUCCCAACCUCAGCUUCAAGUUUGUGCCGCUGGCGGAGGUAAUGGACACUCCCUCGCGCACCCUCAUCGACGUGAUCGCCGUCGUCCGCUCGGUAGGCCAGCUGGAGACGCUCAAUGUGCCGCCGGGAAUGUGCUCUUCAGUGCUCUUCGAAGAGGACGAAAAGCUGGGACAGCAAACUAAGAGCAGCCCUCGUCUGCUGAAGCGUGAGCUCACCAUUGUGGACCAGUCAGGGGCGGAGGCGCGGCUCACCCUCUGGAACGACCUUGCCAACAGCUUCACUGGCGCCGCCGCGGACAUCGUCGCCCUUAAGAACGUCAUCGUCGGCGACUUCAAGGGCAAGACGCUGUCCACCUGCGACUCGUCGGUGCUCGAGGUGGAACCCGCCGCCAACUGCCUCGAAGAGGCGGCCUUCCUGCGCGGCUGGUGGACGCUGACCGGCGCAAAGAUGGCCAAGGCCGUCUCUUUCGAAACGGGCGGCUUCAAGAAGCUGUCCACGCACACCGACGUCAACUCGCUGGUGAACAGCAGCUUCCGCUUUCUCUGCCAGCUCUCGCUGAAGCUCUUUGAGGCUGCGGACCGAGAUCCCAGCAUNUCCGCUUUCUCUGCCAGCUCUCGCUGA